AUGCUUACAAUCACGGGCGGCGUCGUCUUUCUCCCCAAAGAUGGACCGAAUGGUUCUCAUACCUUUUCCAAUAGCCUCGACGCCAACAAUGUCCUGUAUGAGCGGCUGAGUGCUGGCGAAGUCAACCGUCGAUGGCCCGGGUUCAAUGUUCCGGACAGCGUGGACACCAUUUAUACGGCAGAUACAGGCAUCGUCCAUGCUUCCAAGGCAGUGACCACCAUUCAGUAUCUUGCCCGUGGUGCUGGCGCCAUUCAUAUAUAUAUAUCGGCGGCAGGCGACGUCCAUGCCAAAAAGAUCAUCAUUGCCGCCGAUGCUUGGACCAACAAACUCCUCGGACCCCUCGGCGUUGAGCUGCCCAUUACGGUAAUGCAGGAGCAAGUUACAUAUUACAAACCCAAGCCAGAGCACGAGGCCCGCUUCGAGGCAGACAAAUUUCCGGUGUGGAUUUGGGGAGGGGCAGGUUCAGAUGAGAAAUGGUUCUAUGGCCUCAUUCCAGACCAUGGCGAGGAGUUACGGACAGUUACUUGCCAAUACACCAUCACCCCUGAUCGGCAGUUCAUCAUCAGUCCUAUGGAAAAGCACAAGGACAUCAUUGUCGCCCUCGGGAAUGCCUAUGCGUUCAACUUUGCGCCAGCUAUUGGUCGCGUGACGGCUGACCUUGCUUUGGAGGGAAAGGCGACAGAUGACCUGUCCAAGUUUGGGUUCUCACAGCCGACAGUGAGCAAGCUUUAA